AUGACUAUCCCAAAGACAAGUGCUGCCUUCGUUUCAUCGUUCAACAUGACCAAUCCCCAGCCUCCUAUAGAAGGUGGAGUUUCAGAGGUCGAAAUAAUUUCGCAGCAAAUAGAAGACGAGACCAGAAGCGUCGCCCCGGUACAGCUGGUCAAUUUCGCCUAUCGAGAUUUACCCCUCGCUGCGCUGGAUCUGUCCGUUGCAGGCUCCCAGCUCUUCUCCAAUUUGGAUGAGGAGUACCAGAGAGAAGGAUCUAACUGGCUUAAGCCCUGCUGCGGGAGGCGAGCGGCCGUCUGGCAGGUAUUUUUACUCAGUGCGAGUCUCAACAGUUUCCUGCUAGCCUGUGUAGUAUUGGUGGUGAUUCUUCUGACUCUGGAGCUCCUAAUAGAUAUAAAGCUUCUCCAGUUUUCAAGCGCAUCGCAAUUUGCUGGCGUCAUUCACUGGAUCAGUCUGGUUAUCCUAUCUAUCUUCUUUUCAGAGACUAUUUUGAGAAUAGUCGUACUCGGUAUAUGGGACUAUAUUGAAAACAAAAUAGAGGUAUUUGAUGGUGCUGUAAUCAUCUUAUCUUUGGCUCCCAUGGUGGCAUCUACAGUGGCUAAUGGACCAAGCAGUCCAUGGGAUGCUAUAAGUCUCAUUAUUACCCUGAGAAUUUGGAGAGUCAAACGAAUUAUCGAUGCCUACGUCCUGCCCGUUAAAGUGGAAAUGGAGAUGGUGAUUCAACAGUACGAAAAAGCAAAGGUUAUUCAGGACGAGCAGCUGGAAAGACUGACCCACAUCUGCCAAGAACAGGGGUUUGAAAUUAGACAGCUGCGGGCACAUCUGGCGCAGCAGGAUCUGGACCUGGCAGCUGAGAGAGAGGCAGCUUUGCAGGUGCCUCACAUGUUGAAGAAACAGACGGGAAACCGGUACAAAGUGGUGGCUGCUGGGGGCGAUUCUGAUGACGAAACUACUGCGAACAUUACAGAGUUGCGUCCGGCUCGGGAGACGGUGGUGAAAGACGACAUGAACAAUUACAUCAGUCAGUACUACAACGAACCCAGCAGUGACAGCGGUGUGCCCGAAGGAGCCUUCUGUGUCAUCACCACCACAGCCAUUGAUGUCCACCAGCCUAACGUCUCCUCCGACCUCUUCAUGGUGGAAAUGCCGAUGAAGAUCAUGGAGAGCAAUGGGAUUUCCACCAGUGCCGCGUCCGGCAGCGCCUCCAGGUCCACAGACAGCUCCUUCACCCGCGCGCAGAGCGACAGCAGCCAGACCUUCGGCUCUUCCACGGACUGCAGCACGACGCGGGAGGAAUCCUCCGACUCUUCUUCGCCCCAUCGCAGGGUCCACAAUGCCGUUGUCCAAGAACUGUUGUCCUCCUUAUCAGAAGACUCCUGCUUAACCCAAAAGGGACUGGACCCGGUUAACCUUAAACUGCCGAGCCCAGCGGGGUCGGCCACGGCCAGCCCCGAACUGGAGCACCGGGUCAAUAUUUACAACAAAAAGAACCAAGAAAACUUUGGGGUCUUUCAGAAAAAGCCGGUCAUCCACUUCCGGCAGAAAACACAGAUGAUUGACAAGUACACGUCUUUGGAAUCCAAAGAGCAAAGGUUCAACAGCAUCCCGGACUCCUAGUCCUUAUGGUUGAAGAAGCGGUUCAGACAGAUC